CAUAACAAACGUAGAACUUCUGAGUUUUAAUGACAGUUUUUGAAUAUGACGUUAUCUUCAAUGUCUUGUCAAAGUACAGAUUGUCGUGAUUCAGUAUGGAACAAGCCGAUAACAAGGAACCUUUUCCGUAUAAAGAGGAGCGCCGAUACUCCGUUGAAAGGUUGUUUCGAUAUUUCUGUAACAAUUUGUACUUGGGACAGUGGGAGGUUGCUCGCGCUUGUCUUCAACAGCUGCACCACGAAGGUGAACUGAUCGGAAGAAGCAUAAGGGACGUUCUUCAGGAUAUUACAGCAAAUCCUUAUCACAGAUGCAUCUGUAUUGGCCCAGACUGCUCAAUCACAUCCCCUCAACAGUUGUCCUGGCUCACUCUCCAGGAGUACAGGAGGCUUGACACAUCCUGCUCAGACGAUGGCAAGAAAAGAGAUUGUGAAAUUUUGCAACAAGAUACAGAAUUCCAGCUGUUGCUUCUGGAAGCUUGUCAUAAUGUGUCUGAGUGUGUCAUCAGGGAUUUAUACAGCUAUCAUAAAUGUAUUACUGAAGCCUCCGUGACUAGUGGAAGCAAAUCUACUUCUGUCACACUCUCAUCAGAUCUUCAAGAAUUUCUCCAGUCCAAGCUGCUGGAACAACCUAUCUUGGGACAUGCUGUUAUACGUGCAAUCUUGUCAGAGAAGCAUACCUUCUUAAAGAAAAACAAUGACAUUCUGCAUAACAUUUACUUACAGGGAAUAAAUAGUGUUUUGGAUCGGUAUUCCAAUUUCUGUGACAGAGAGGAAAUUUCAGUAUCUAGGGAAACCAAAAUACAAACAGUGUAUGAGUUACUAGCAUUGUACGAUCCAGAACCAUAUCAGAAUUAUGCCCCUUUGAGAGAGCUCUUCACAAGAUUUAUUGAGCUUUCUGUAUGUGAUGGCAGUGUGCUGAGCAGGGAACGACUUCUGUCAUCCAUGGUUGGGAAAAAGAAUACAUAUUUGAUCGAGGAAUUCUGUAAAUUGGAAUCGGAGCUGGAAAACAAAUGUGUACCGACUGGUAAUCAUAACGACACCAGUCUUGAUGAGAAUGGCAGACAAUUCAUUCAUUGGAUAAAAAACUCUGAUGUCAAGAUACGUUUACAUUGGUUACUUGUUCUUUGUUUAAAAAGACAACAACAUUUCCUGAAGACCAUAAUAGACAUUGCCACUACCUUGAUAAAGAGCAGUUUAUUUGAUGAGUUGACAGAAUUGUUAAAACCCAAAGAGUUGUGGCCCCUGAAACCACUACUUCUACUACAUGGCUGGUCUUUUUGUAAAUCAUGCACACAGGCCAAAAUACUACUAAACACACUGUGGGAUGAUCGGGUCCAGUUCCAGCAUCCAGCACUGGAGGCUGGCUGUAGCAAGCUUUCCUACCAGAUUGACCUCAUACAAUGGUGUCUGGACCGUACAAAACCACUGAUUAAGGAGAAUGAGGAUGGACUUCCCAAUCACCAGAAGCGUGCAGCAGAUAUGUUCCUCGGGUUAGAGACACAUUCAGUGCUGUUUGUUCUCCACCAGUCCACCAGAAUAGCCUCCCUUGAUCAGGAGGAAGUCUUCCAACUCCUUCAGAAGAGCCCUCUACAGGAGGAGACAGGUCAUAAAUCCAAAAAGAAGGUGAAAUUUGUCAGGUUUGCUUCAAAAGAAGAAGAUCCUUCAAAGUCUGAGAAUCUACCAGAUGUACACAUCGAGAGGUGGAGAGAUAUGAGUAUAUACAGUGGAUUCUGUGUGGUGAGAAAUGUGAUGGAGACUAUCUACUUCUGUGCUGAAUACGCAGACAGUCGACUGGUCAAUCCAUACAACCAGCACACCAAAAGUCAUUCAGUGACAUACCAGUAGAUGACAGUGUUAAAAAGUCUAAAAAUGGUGUUAACAGCUAACAACAAGAAAACCAGUGAAAACUUCCAGACUGUCUACACUAAAAACGUCACAGACAAGCUGAACAAGGCCAGACGUUACCUUGCUCGUCUGCAGCCAUUGACAUUUCGAUUGGAAAUUUUAGAAAAUAUAUUUUCACUUUUGUUCGUUACUCAUGAAGACAUUCAAGAGAGCUCCGUGGUGGAGACAGACAGUGAUGAGGCAGCAGACUAUGAUAGCAGUCGUAAUAACACAUUAGACGAAGACUCGCAGCCCUUAAGUUUAGUUUCAGAAGAAAGCGAGUCACCACUUCCUGAGGAAGAGGGCCUCUGUUUAAAAAUCAAACUUCUGAACUUGUUCAAUUCAGUUCCACGGUCCUCCCAUGUUGGCAGUGCUUAUGAUGAGCCAUUCAUUGAAAGAGUCAUACCUAACCAUAAAAUAACUAAUACAGAAGUAAGGAAGGAAGCAGAAAAUAAUGUCAAUACUAGUGAUACAAAGAGGCAUAUAAUGACGGAAAAGAAUAAGAAAGACUUCAAAGCUAAAGUGCUACACAAGGCAGACAUAGAAUUGGCCCAGAAAGCAUCAGAGAAUGGUACAUGCAGUGCUCACAGUGUUGACAGUAUAUCCGGAGGAGCCAGAUUUGGCUUCCUUACCAAUGAAUAUCUGGUAAGAGAUAUCCUUGCCAUGUUAAAAGACUGCCUACUGGAUCUAAGUGCUGCUCGGUUUAAAGUGUUAGGAAAGGAUUCAGAAAAUGAGAAAAGUGUUGGAAAUAUGAGCCAAUGUACUACAGACUGUGAGGGUAUGAUAGAUACACGACUGGAGCAGCCUCUCAGCCACAUGGUUCAAUCUAGCAUUGAUUCCACACUUAUAAAGAAGAGGAUUGCUCAGCUAACACAGUAUGUCCAUGAAGCACAAUGGCGGUUCCAGUUAGUGUGUCAUGACAGUAUUCCUCUGUCAGUAGGACAGGUGUUACUGGAGGCUGUCAGUGUCACUGAUGACAAGUGGGAGGAAGACCAAGGUGUCGGGGGCCACAUAAUGGAAAGUCAGCUGGUCAAUCGGAGACACACACCCACAAGUAGUACAGGUAGCAGAUCUAGUCCAAGUCAGGAGAAUGAGUUUCAGACAGACAGUGGGUUUGAAGGUCAGAGGCGAAGACGAAGGUCACGCAGUCGUCACUCAAGUCGAUGGAAAGGACCUCAUCGUUACCCAACAGGGAUCAUUCCACUGAUGCUGUCCUCCCCUGAAUCCCUUCUCAACAUGUGUAUCUGUAAGGGCAACUACCCACAGGCCACCCAGGUCACAAAGUUGCUGAAACUUGAUGACCGACCCGAGGUUGCUGAGGUCGCCUUCUCCCAAUCUUACAGCGAGGCUGUCAGAAAACUUCAUGGACUGAAUAUCGGGUCACAUAAGAACACUGCUUCAAAAACUAGCAAGCCGGGGAGGUCCAAUAUGAAGGCCCUGGCCUCUGUUGCUGCUGCAGGGGUUGCCACGGUAUCCAUAAGUGGGGUAGCAGAAAAGCUUCUCUCACAGCCAGGCCUUCCUCGUGUACCCAGCACACGAAGCUGGGGGUCACUGCCAGCCAAGGUGGAAUGGACAUUCCAACAGGAGAACUGUGAGGUGAUGAUAUUGUUUGACCUGCUGUGUAUAGGCUGCAGGACAUGGGAAAUGUGUAACAACAUGAUAGACUCUAUCAACAUUCAGCUCAAGGACAAACCAGGUGGCUCAAGGUCGACAUUGGGCAGGAGUGAUGUGGGCUGUAAGGAACAUGGUGAGGAGAGUAAAAGGUCCCGGCAGAAGGACCUUCGAGACAUGGUGCUCCAGUUCGAGAGGAUUCUACAGCUGGGAACAGGUGUGGACAAUAUGUCACCAUCACUAGGGCAACAGGAGAUUUCUACAGCCCUGUAUAAACAUAGCAUACAGACAUUCCUACAGACAGCCACACUGCCUCUGUCUCCCGACCACUGUAAGCUAUACGCACAACUCACAUCUGAUGUCAAGAAAUGCCUGGGUAAUGUAGAAUCCGCAUUUAUCUUGGUAGAGAGGUCACCAGCUGAUGGAAGUCCAAGUAAGAAACGGCGGGAGAGUGCUAGUAGUGGCAGCUCACAAGUGUCUCCUAAAAAACACGAGUCAGUCCAGCCAGAGCCACUGGCAAUACAUGGGGCUAUGAAACAGCUGAUACAGGUCCUGGACAAGGAACUCCCACUGGGGGGAUUAUGUCAGCUGUUCAACAAGGACAAAGGCACAGAUCACAGAAAGAAUCGAGAUUACCUACUCCACCUGUACGAACACCUCAAACGACUGGCUUUUGUAGUAGCUGAGAAUGAAGCAACUUCGAAAGAAACCAUGGUGAUGCCCACUAAUUACUUUAAGAUGUUGGAUCAAGGCCCUAUCUACACACUUGGGAGACUGGUGUUCUCUAAAAGGAUCCCACCUUCUAAACUGGAGAAGGUGGCCCAGGACCUCAGUCUAAACCUCACGCACAUCAUUGUACACAGCUGCUGUCCCAGCAUUCCAAGCAAACAUCUUCCUGUCACUUCCCCUGGACCUCUCUAUAAAGGGACCAACAAGGUAGGGACCAAAUUCCUGAUGAACAUUCCAGCUGAUGAUAUGAAGAAAUGCAUUCCCCCACAACAGAACCCUGAAGAGGUGGUGCGUGAAAUCCUUACUCGACUCCAGCGACUCAUGAAAGAUACAGCUAGUAAAUGUAAUGCCAGGGGCAUAUUUGAUGUGGCGAGUGCUGUAGUGAUGAUGAGAACAUCAGAUUAUGAUGACAUCAUCGAAAGUACACAUAAACUGGUGACACUUGAUUUAAAUCUGCUGAAAAACCCAGAUGAAGUAAUAUGUUUCUUUGGGAACCUACAGACCCUGAUGUCCAUUCAUAUGAACCUUGAUUUGAUAAAGGAGGCCGAAACUGACUCGGACGAUGAUAAUGAGGAAGUGGUCAAGCCAAGGACAGACAAGGAGAUGUUGUCUGAUAUGUCAACUGCAGAGCAGAUUGCCCACCUCAAUAUGUUUGCUUACAGUGUGGGACAGUUAGGUCCUGUUAGUUUGUUUGAACUGAAGUUUAUCAUCAACCGAAAUGGACUGCUGUCACCUCUGCUGUGGGAGGGGCUUCUGGAGUGGGCUAUACAUGAUAUUGACGAGGCAGAUCCAUGGUACCAGUACCUGCCCACACCUGAACCACGACUCAUCUUUCUCACCACUGCUUGUGCUCAGUCCUCUCCUCCUCUCCAGGUGUUGAUACCCGAGUUACUGAAGAAUCAGCUGGAGACAGCCAUGAACAAAUAUCUCGACCACACUGUACUGGUGGACAAGGAACGCAAAACUGUGACAAUUCCGGAGCUAAUGAUGUGGUACAAACGAGAUUUCAGCAGCGACCAGGAACAGGAACUGAAUGCACGAAAUGAAGGCAUCAUCAACAUCAUCGCAGGUCACAUGACUGGCCCUACCCAGGAGGCAUUGCAGGACCUCAUCAGUCUGGACAGUCUCCAUGGUUACUCAGAGAAUAUAGAUAUGACGGGUAGGAAGGAGCUGCCAUUCCAGACUGGUGUGACAUCUUACAAGGCACACUUCAUGGUUACAUUUGAUUUCUCAGUUUUACAAGACCAAUCACAAAAGGUCAAAGGCCACAGACGUAUAACAUCUCUACCAAAGAACUUGUCACUAUCUUCAGAUAUCUCUAAAAGUCGUAGUUUAUCUAACCCCAAACCACCUGUAGUCCCGUCCUAUCAGCUGACCCCUGUGACACUGGACUACAUUAAGACUGAGUGCCCUCUGGUGGCGACCUUGGUCAGUCUGGUUUGUUCGGAUGACCUUGAUGACAUUGAGGAUCAUAUGGAGAUGGAUUAUUUCACCAAGAGUGAGAAUCUAAGAGAUCGAUCCCAAUCAGAAAUGAGUCUGAUGGAUAUCAGAAGCUACCGAUACCAGAAACUAACUGACGAGUACCCAACACUGAAGCGCCAUCUGUUGAACUACGUCAUACCUAUCGCUGGUGCUGAAGACCCGGAGAUAUUAAGAGGCAGAGACUCGUUACUCAAGUUGAUAACAAGUAACUUUUCUGAGAAAGUAAAGGCAUGCAUGUUAAAUCUACCUGGAAACUGGCAGUUUCAGACAGUGGUCAUCUCUAUACUCAAUGAUCUCCUGCUGGACAGGAAGUGGUCGGAGAUUCUGCUUGUCCUCAAAAGUCUGCCACCUCCACUGUUACGGGAGACCUACUCCUUCUGUUCUCUGUACGACUUCUCACUCACUUGUCUCAUUAAGAGUGUGUUUAACAAGACAAACAACAGCUUGACAACUGAUCCUACUAUGGUUUCCAAACAGGAAGCCAACACGGUGAUGAACUAUCUUCGUAGAUUUCUGUGUCCUGUUACUAUGACCCGCCUACUGCUGUCCAUAUACAGGAAGCUGCCAAUGGACCACAACAUGGAAUUGUUCCAAAUGUGUCGUCACUUUGUGAUGCCAGAACAGAUGAUUGCUGUAAUUCACAACAAACUAAAGGAACUCGGCAUGUUCAACCGGAUCACAGAAUGUGCCAAGAACCUACAGUUUAGACUGGCCAUGAAGACCACUGACUACGUAGAUAUGGAUGACAAGAAGGGCUACCAUACAUCUCUAGAUAAGUUUAUCGACUGGCGAAACCUACUUCGACCAGAGAUUAUCUCCCCUGAACAGAUCUUGAUGGUGUUGUUGAAAGCAGGCGAUUAUGAAACUGCCAAGAUGUGGUGUCAUCACAUCAAGUUUCCAAAUGAGAAGUACCUAGAUGUAGUGGAACAUCAGGUGAUUUCCUUGUUGGAGCAGAAGCCAUCACAGCCUUCAGAAAACAACAAGGCAUUCCUCGUUUUGGAGGAGGUUAAAACAAUAUCUACAAAUGAAUGUCUAGCUCUGUGUCUGAAACUUCUGGAGAAACUGGCCAAUCAGAGGGAUGUUCUAUUUUUAGCUAGUUAUGUCAUCACCCAGCUGAAACCAUUAUUACCAGAUGAUAAAAAAGAUCAACUCAAAAUGACACAUAUGGGAGCCAAGGUGUUGCUGUGCCUGCCGAGUAGUAUCAGGGGAGAGUACUGUCACCUGGUGUCCUCUCCAACUCUUCUCAUUGAACAACUGCUCAUGAACAUGAAGAUUGACCUUGCUGGUAAAGCAUAUGAAACCAUCAAGAAAGAUCAAGUGAAGGUUGAAAACCCAAAACUGAGGUUUACUAUGGAGCAGUUCAACCAUCUGGUAACAACAUAUGCCACCAAGGCCCUGGAGUUUGUCACUGUCCAGGUCAUUGUAUCAGGGAAGGAAAGAACAAACUCACAGUUGUCCAAUUCAUCACUACCUGAGAGACAUGAUGUCACCUCAGAACAUGCUCUACUUUCACCUAGAAAAUCUGUUGUGUUUGAGACGUUGAGGGCUAGCCGACGGAGCGUGGACAUAUCUGCCCAUUGUAGAGGAUUAACCAUGUUUAUACCCUACAGAAGACUUCCACCAGUGCCCCCUCCCCAGGCCUCUCCCCGACUGGUUCCUCUGGCACACCACUCGAGUAUCGGUAGUGGCCGAUCAUUUGUGAUGCCACCUGAGCCGCCGCCUAAGGACCAGUGGGUUCAGGACAAUGCCACUGACACCUGCAUGGUCUGUCAGAUGGAGAAGUUCAGCAUGUUCAAUAGACGUCACCAUUGUCGGCGGUGUGGACGCCUGGUGUGUGCCCAGUGUUCCACCAAAACCACCAUGAUACAGGGCGUAAGGGCUAGGACAUGUAAUGACUGCUAUGAUCAAACUCAUCUCUCUCACAGUAAACUAGCAAAAAUUCAGCGUGAAGUUGCCAGGCGUGGAGGAAGUCCCUUAGGGUUUCAUCGUGCUUCGUCUGCCAGUAACCUGGGUGACAUAACAUCUAUCAAAGAGGACAGCGUUGGGGAGGACACUAGUUAUGUGGAACAGCUGGAACUACAGUGGCAGCUGAAGGCCGGGGACGACUCUCACAACACUAUUGUCAGAGAGGAUUUCUGUUAUGAACAGGCUCCAAGUACAUCAUUGUGUAUGUCCAUCUUGGAUCUCCAUACUAACACCAGGACCAGUGGUCAGUUAGUCUUACAGCUGUGUGAUGACCUUUCAAAACAUCUCAAGUCCAUUGCUCCUGGACUGCCUAACCCAGAAGUUGAUUACAGCCUCGUUCUAAGUAUGAUGAAGACACUGCUGUUCCAUGCUAAGAUGAAGUUCAGUGAGUGUGGAGAGACCCAGGGCCUAGGUCAGUGUGAGCUGUACCAAGGUCGUAUAGACAUCCUAGGGGUGUUAGUGGCUGAUAACUACCGGGACCUUCCUUCUCUCCAAGAACUGACUAAACCAGACAUUGUCAGGCGCUUGCGAGACAAGCUGAUUGAAGCAGAGCGCCUGCCUCUGGCUGUAGAGGUAUCUACCAAGUGUGGACUGGACCCUGCUGGUGUGUGGGCUGCUUGGGGCAUGAGUUGUCUUCAGGGAGGCGACUUCAACAGGGCUAGGGAAAAGUUGAGCAGGUGUCUCAAGGUACCAAAAGAUAGGAACCAGCGCCAGCAGGAAUCAACAUUAUUGUCUGAUGUCAUCAGCUGUCUAGAAUCCAUGUCUGGGGUCGGCUCAGGAGAGUUUCAGAUGUUGCUGAGUAAUCCUGGGUCUGUCAAAAGUAUACUAAGCUGUCCUACUGUUAGUUAUACUGACGAGGCUGAUGUGGAGUCAGCCCAAUACCAAGAAUGUCUGUAUUACCUCCGUACCUACGCGUCCUUCCACACCAUCGUCAGUUUCCACCGAGGGAAUGGCUACUGGAUGAAGGCUACACAGUACAUCCUUGACCAUAAAUGUUCAAGUGAAGUGUUUGUUGAUGCGCUGCUGUCACCAGCCAUUGAGGAUGGAAGGUUGGGGGAGUUGGUGGAUCAGAUGAUAAUGAUCGACCCGUCACUGGAGCGCUGGCAUCCUUACCUAACCACCUCAUGUCGCUAUCUCCUCAAACACAGACUUCACCACACUCUCUAUCAGUUCCAGCUCUUCAUGAAGGAUUUCAUUCGUGCAGCUAUGACCUGUAUUACAUACUUCUAUCAGAAGGGAGCUCAGAGCUACCUUGACCUGUCAGGGAGAAUCAAUUAUCUGUACAAGGCUCACCAGCACCUACAGGCCUACCUGGAUCCCUCCCAGUGGGGCAAUAUCAGUCGCCCUAUAUUCAGUACUGAUAAUCCCUCUGUUGACUGGGACAAGCGCCCUGCCGAGGCCUCUAUCCGACUUAUUCAGACCCCUGAGGAAGUUUCUCGACAUCUGGUAAUGGUGAGUCUACAGAUUGAGGUGACAAAGUUUUUACAUGAGUGUCUCACCAACACAGAGGCUGAUGCCACCAAAGUAGCCACCCCCUAUGUCAACACGACUGCCUCACAGCAAUUACCAACUCUAAUGGGCAGCUCAAAGAUCAGGGGAGAUCUUGUCAUCAUGAUUUUACUCAGUGGAAACAACAUUGCCAGAGCCUUUGGCCUUGCCAAUAGGAUUUUGAAGGAAUACCACCUGGGAGCCGGACCUCUUCUUACCCACGCUGCCCGGGAAAUGGCCAAGCAAGGUCACUAUGACAACAUACGACAACUGUUGGAGUGUAUGGUUAAGGGUAACAUAGGUGAUGAUGAUACAGUCGAUGAACUGGUGGGGGCGUGUAUCCUCGUUAUCUCUGAUAACCCUAAUGAGGCAAAAGAAGCUGAAAACCUGAUAAAGUUACUAAGGAAAGAUACCAAUAAGAUCAAUGCCUACAUCCUGUGUGGGAAGCUGCGGUCAGCUUACUUAAUGGCUGUGAAGUCCGAGAGGGUGGAUGAUGUCCAGCGUAUAGCUGGGGCAGCGCAACGUAUGGGACAGACAGCAGUCAGGAACAUUUGUAAUAAGUGGCUUCAGCAGAGGAAGUAGUCAAGGGGGAUAACUCCAAACUAAUAAUGUAUGGUUUUGUGUAUUAGGAACAGUAUGGAUCAAAUAGAUGACAGUGAAUGAUAUGUGUAUGUACAACAAUUUAUUUAGUACCUAUUUUACUAUUAUUUCGGUAAGAAACAUCUGUAGGAAACAUUUUUAUCUUGUAGAAUUAUAUUCUUGUGAUAUGUUACUUAUGGCUUAUAUGUAAUACAGUGCGUAUUCCAUAGGUUAUAUACUACAUUAUGUAUCAUACAAUAAAAUUGUAAACAAUAUGUAUUGCACAACCUAUAGAUAAUUAUACAAUGCACAAAGUACUGUUAUACAGUAAAUUGUACAGAUGAUGUACUCGUUAAAUCAUCAUAUGCAUUGUUACAGUACAACCUUUAUAUAGUUACGAUACACUGUACAAACUUCUGUAUAUUGUACAGAUAAUAUAUUAAUUAUAUUGUGAAAACUGUAAUGUGUAUUGUAUAGCCUAUUUGUUAUAUUGAACAAACCUUGUAUUGCACCGAGUACAAACUAUUUUACAUAUUUUGUAAACAAAAUAACAUUUUAGAUUCUAUAUUUUACAGCUAAAUCAAGCUGUUCUCUCUAGCAAAAAUGUGUUUUUUCCCCAAAAGGAGAAUUACCAUCCUAAUUUUCAUGAAAAUACUGCUGUAAAAAGGAAUUGGACGAUGAGACUUUUUACAUAAAUGUUUGAGCAGUCUCUGUCAGUCAGAUAAUGGAGCAUGCACCUUUUAAUCAGUUGAUAGAAUCAAAAACAGAUUUGUUUCCUGUCGGUGCUCUUGUCAGGAAUGUGAUGUUCUCUGCUCCUUUACAUUAGUACCUUUCCCCACGGUUUGUGGUAUUGAGAGUCUAGGACGAGACUUCGGAAAUCACAAGAGGUAAAACAGGGGGGAGUAGUGUAAAAGGAACAGGUCAGUUUGGCUGUUAUAUAUGGUUUCUAUCUCCCAGCUGAUGAAGCAUACUUCUUUAAAAUUUGCUUAAGUUGUUAGAGCCAUGUAUAAUCAUUCCAUGGACCCAGUCAGAUUCCUGUCAAGCACCUCGACAGGGUUGUAUUUUCCUAUUCUAUUACAUGACUAUAUUUCCCCAAUUUAUGCAGACACAUCUGCUGGAAAACUCGGUGGUAAAUACCUUUCAUUAUACAUUGUACAAGAUUGUAUGUUGUACCGAUUUUAUCUUCUAUAUUGUACUGAUGGCAAUGUUGCUCAGAUAUCAUUAAGGUUAUUGCUUAGUUUUGUUGUGAAUUACUGCAUAGUAUACUUUGAUGGUGGUUAAGAUAAUGAACCGGUGAACUUAUGGCAUGGUGCAACAUUUCCUGUAAAUUGAUACUCAUCCUAACUGCCCAAAUGAAUUUUAAUGAAAUUUGGUCUGGUGCAUUUUUGGACAGUGUUGCAUAAACAGAGGGUGUGGCUCUCCUAGGGCCACAGAGGCAGUACCCAAUAUUGGAUUUCGAUGAAAUUUGUGCUGGAUGAUUAUUUUGUAAAGAUGUGUGGCUCCCGUAGUGCUGGAGAGGCAGGGCUCACUAGAGCAAACUCUUUAUAAGCCUUCCUUUACAAUGGCAGGAUUUGGUCUAUAUUUGGUUUGAACAAUUGUUGGGAGAAAUCUAGACAGCUCAAAAAAUAGGAACAUAUAACGUUAUAUAUCUUGCUAUGAUUACUGAAAUAUCCAGGUGAGCAAUGUAAGCCCUCUGUGCCUCUUGUUUAGCCCCCGAAUGUUACACCUAGUCACUCCUGAAUAUUACACCUAGUCACACUGAUUGUGUUCAGGCUUCUGAGAAAGUAGAACUCACUGAAUUUGUACUCAAAAGUACCUAUUAAACUCACUUUUAAUUUGCCUCAAAUAUAAAAUGUACAAUACAGUGUCGGUAUCGUGUAUCCAUUGUGUACUAUAUCUACACUGUAUCUGUAAUGUAUGUUGUAUAUGGUAACUUUCACAUUGUCUGUUUUGUCUGGCUCAAAAAUAUUAUUCAAUGGACAUAACGUAAGUGUGAUGAUAUGAGUAUACUGUAUGUUAAGGUUGUGACACUAAAACAUGUGAUGUUUAAUUGAAACUCGCUUCAGGUGCUUUAUGAAACUUGACAUUUGCUUGAGUGUUGUUAUAUUAACAGGUACAUAUUAGAUAAUUAUGUAUUGUAUAUAUAUUAUAUAAUUAGUAUUAUUCAAUAGUUAUAUUUACUGUUGUUACAGUAGAACAUACUAAAUAUAUGUCCUGUACAUUUGAGAGAAAGCAUGUUGACCUACCCUCACUUACCUAUACAUGUAUAAGUCCAACAGUAUUACUCAAUUUAAGGUUUUUGCUUUGUGUAAUUUUGUUGCGCAGCAAUGAAGGAGCGCAACAGAGACUAAUGUGCCAUUUUUCUGUCAUUGUCGUCAAAUUCAUCUGAGCAUACCAGGUCGUAUCAUUUCACAAAAUUCUUGUUUUCAGGUCGCAGUACAGUAAACAGAUUACAUUAUAAUUACUAACAAUCCUACAUGAUAGUAUCUAUCAUGGAUCUAGUCUACUGUUCUUUCUGCCCUGUGAUGUCACCUAUCACAAGAGCUAUAGCUGGGGAGAUUUGUGGUAAUAUGUUGUUUUUUUUAUCCCCCCCUCCCCCUUACAUUCCCAUCUAUUUUAUAGCGUUUCCUUUUGAAUAAUUGUUUUGCAUUGAAUUGAUAAAAUAGGGUAACUGUUCAUAGAAAUAGGAUUCAUAGCAACUUUAGCAUGACAAGUUAGUUUAAGUAAAACAAAAAUCUGAUUAACAUACAGAUCAUUACUAUACACACUUAGCUAAGUGUAUAAUAGGUUAUAUUCAACGUACAUGUAUAUGUACAAAAAUGAUAUCUUCACUAUAAUUAUGCUUGUGCCAAAUAUAAACACCAGUGCAAUCCUACCUUGGUGAGAGGCCAGUAUCCCUGUCACAGUUAUAUGUGUACAAUUAUCUUGCCAGGUUGUGUAAUUAUAAUAAUUUUAAAGAAGUAAAAUAGCAAAGCUAUAGACGAGGAUAAGUUAAAACAGGACAUAUUUAAUUCUGUAUGUAGAAUCUACCUCGCUACACCAUGGCACAUCUGACAAUGUCAAUGUCAUACUGAUAUUUCUUUGUAUAAUUUACUUCAUCAUAUUAAUUUAUAGUGAGGGAUGAGAAUGUAUUCUGAUAAGUUACUCUGAUUGCUAUGUUAAUUAUACUGAUAAUAGAUAAUUACAUGUCAUAGUUAUGACACUAUGAUAAUAUAUAACGUCACAGUUAUGACACUAUAAAAAUAUUUUACGUCACAGUUAUGACACUAUGAUAAUAUAUUACAUGUCACUGUUAUGACACUAUAACAAUAUACUACAUCACAGUUAUGACACUACAUAUAGGAUAUUGAAUGGGUUCCCGUUUAAUAUAACAUAUAUUUCACGAGUAUGAUAGAAUAUUGAUAUCUUCACGAGUGUGAAGAACUAGUGAAAAAUAUCGAAAUAUUCUGUCAUACGACUGAAAAAAAAAAACUUAUAUUUUCACUGCAAAACUUAUAUUUUCACUGCUUAUCACUGUAGUGAAAA